AUGCGGGCUUUAGGUGACAAGUGCAUCCACAAAGCUUGUGGCACCAAGAACGGUACUGGCUACAAGGGUUACUGCUGUCUUACUGAUGAUGACUGUCUCGACUCCUGUAUCAACAACCAAUGUAAUGGUAUCAAGAACCCUAAAUUUGCUGAUCCCAUCUCUACUAAGAAGAACCCCAAGUACGCUGAUCCCAUCCCUGACAGCUGCAAGAAAGAUAACAUUAGCUACUUUGGAUCCAAUGACAAGAACGGUCCUGCUGGUGUCUGCUGUGACAGUGACCAAGACUGUCAAAACAGCUGUGUCAACGAUCACUGCACUGCUAAGAAGAACCCCAAGUACGCUGAUUCCAUCCCUGCCAGCUGCAAGAAAGAUAACAUUAGAUACUUUGGAUCCAAUGACAAGAACGGUCCUGCUGGUGUCUGCUGUGACAGUGACCAAGACUGUCAAAACAGCUGUGUCAACGAUCACUGCACUGCUAAGAAGAACCCCAAGUACGCUGAUUCCAUCCCUGCCAGCUGUAAGAAACAGAACAUUAGAUACUUUGGAUCCAAUGACAAGAAUGGUCCUGCCGGUGUCUGCUGUGACAGUGACCAAGACUGUCAACACAAGUGCGUUAAGGACCAUUGUACUGCUCAUUAA